AUGGCCGAAGAAUCUCACCCGGCAUACCUCUCGCCCAGCGAGCUGGGCACAAAAGACUACUGGGAAAACUACUACGCCCGCACACUAGCCCACAUCUCCCACGAAGCUCCCAAGAAUGGCACCAAUGCCCUUGAUAAGCAAAAUGACGAUGAUGCCGCAUCCACAACUUCCGACCUAAAUGAAGAAGAUGACCCGGGCACAUCCUGGUUCUCCGAACACAACGCCCCGCAAAAAGUCCUCCACUUCCUCACACGCAAGUCCUUCCCCUUGUCGCCGCGCAACACAGUGCACAAGAAAGGCUCCCACCAGCCAAGUGUUCUAGAUCUUGGUACUGGAAAUGGGAGUAUGCUUGCGCUGCUUAGGAAGAGAGGCGGCUAUAAGGGACGUCUUGUUGGCGUUGAUUACUCGCGCCAGAGUGUUGAGCUUGCUAGGGAGUUACAGCGGGUGAGAGGACAUUCGGCUUAUCGGAGUGACUCUGAAAAUGAGGAGGAAUCCGAUGAUGAAGAGGAAGCAGAGGAUGCGGUUGAAAUCGAGACAGAGACUGGUUCCAAUGACUUGCCGGAACAAGAAACAUCCAUCCAGUUCGAGGAAUGGGACAUCCUCGGCUCGAAGGCUCUUCUUUCUGAGACGGGUCUCGCGGCAUCACCCUCCUCUCCCUCGGAAACCCUCCCCUGGUUCCCCUACCAGGAAGGCGGGUUCGAUAUCGUGCUUGACAAGGGGACGUUCGAUGCUGUCUCGCUGGCCGAUGAUGCGAAGACCACCCGUGUCUGUGAGAGGUACCCUGAUAUUGCGCGACGCUUAGUGCGGCGUGGCGGGUUCCUGAUUGUUACUACCUGUAACUGGACUGAGGAGGAACUGGUGCAAUGGUUUACUGGUGCUCGGACGAGGGGAGAUCGGCUGGCGGUUUGGGGCCGUGUUGAGUAUCCUCGGUUCCGGUUUGGAGGGCAUGAGGGGCAGGGUGUUUGUACAGUGUGUUUCCAGAGGCUUGUGAAUGCUUGA